UCUUGUUUUGUCGACUUCCGUUACAUAACAUGUCCCAGUAGAGCUCGCUUUUUUUCUCCUUGGACUACAUGAAAACACAUCGCGCAGAUUUUCACACAGCAAAACUUCAUCAUGAUUUUUCAAGCGCUUCUCCAAUGCUUGGACGUUAGUGGCUGGCUGCUGUUUGGUUUUGUUGUGCUGCUGUUGACAGACGUGGUCCGCAAUCGGAGACCUCCCAGUUUCCCACCCGGACCCUGGGCUGUGCCUUUUCUUGGAAAUGUCUUCACCCCUGCCGACGACAAAUCAAUGGAAAAUCUGGCAAAAAAGUACGGUCCAGUGUUCAGCAUGAGGACAGGAGGUCAUAGGAUGGUGUUUAUUUGGGGUUACAAGACCAUCAAAGAAGCUCUCGUCACCCAGCUGGACAGCUUUGUUGAUCGUCCCAUUGUCAAACUCUUCCAUGAGUACUUUAAAGGCGGCAUCGUAAUGAGCAAUGGCUAUCACUGGAAAAAGCAAAGGAAAUUCGCCAACACUCACCUGCGGUACUUUGAAGGCCACAAGUCACUGGAAAAAUACAUUGAAUUCGAAUGUAACUUCAUUUGUGACGCUUUCAAAGAUGAGCAAGGAAAGCCGUUCAAUCCUCAGUACACCAUCAUAAACGCAGUGAGUAACAUCAUCUCAUCUGUGCUCUUUGGACGCCGCUUUGAGUACAGUGACGGGACCUUCCGCAAGUUCCUACAGUUGGACACCGAAGCCAUUGCGCUUGCCACCGCCGAGGUUAUGCAGCUUUACGAUGCCUUCCCCCGUCUGCUCAAGUACCUGCCCGGUCCCCACCAGAAGGUCCACGCCAACUACAGAGAAAUCAAGGUAUUCCUGCGGAAGGAAGUGGAGAAGCACCAGGAAGAGUGGAACCAAGAAGAACCCCGGGAUUAUAUUGACGUGUACCUUGGUGAGAUAGAGAAGGUGAAGGAAGACCCCCAGGCCGUCUUCAACAUUGAAACCCUGCUUGUUUGCAUCCUUGACCUGGUGGAGGCCGGCACAGAAACGGCCGCCACAACCUUGCGCUGGGCUGUCGUCUACAUGCUGCACUACCCAGACAUACAAAAAAAAGUCCAGGAAGAGAUCGACAGGGUUAUCGGACAGGCUCGCCAGCCCACAUUGGCCGACAGACCCAACCUGCCCUACACGGAAGCUGUCAUCCACGAAACUCAAAGGUUUGGGAACAUUCUUCCCUUUGGAUUCCCCAAGAUGGCCAGUCAAGAUGCUACACUGGGAGGAUAUGUCAUCCCAAAGGGCACACCCAUCACCACCAUCCUCACAUCCGUACUUCAUGACAAGAAUGAGUGGGAGACGCCAGAUAUCUUCAACCCUCAGCAUUUCUUGGAUUCACAGGGCCAUUUCCGCAGAAGAGACGCGUUUCUACCAUUCUCAGCAGGUAAGCGUGCGUGUUUGGGGGAGCAGCUGGCCAGAAUGGAGCUCUUCCUAUUCUUUGCGACUCUGCUACAACGCUUCACCUUCGCUGCCGUUCCUGGUGAGAUGCCAAACCUGGAGGGUGUGAUGGGCUUCACGCGUUCCCCUGAAGAGUUCAGGGUGCUUGCCGUGCCUCGCUGAUAUCCUUUAUCCUUUUCCAUCUCAUCUGCCAACCACAGCAUGACACAGCUCACUUUUAAGGCAAAAUAGCAUGUACUCAUUUCUAGAGCCUACAACCAAUAAAAGAUCUUAUACUCAACUUGA